GGGAGAGAGGGAGGAAAGGGGAAGGGGAGACAGAGAGAGGGAGACCGAGAAAGAGAAAGAGAGAGUGUGUGUGCAUCUUAAGCAGACUCCAUGCUCAGGGCAGAGCCCGAUGCGGGGCUCCAUCCCAUGACCCUGAGAUCAUGACCUGAGCCAAAAUCAAGAGUCAGACACUCAUCCAACUAAUCUACCCAGGCGUCCCUGUCUUAUUUUUAAAAGAAUUUUUAUUGAAGUGUAGUUGACACACAGUGUCACGUUAGUUUCACGUAUAGAACAUAGUGAUUCAAGAACUCUAUACAUCAUGCUGUGCUCUCCACUGUGUAGCUCCCAUCUGUCACCAUACAACAUUAUUACAGUACCCCUGGCUCUAUUCCCUAUAUUGUGCCUUUCAUCCCCUUGACUUAUUCAUGCCACAACUGGGAACCUGUAACUCCCAUUCCUCUUCACCCAUUUUGCAAAUCCCCCUUUUUGUUUUUUUUAAAUCCAUUAACCCUGUCAAAGAUUGCUCUCUGUAAAAACAUUAACUUAUAUUUGGCUAAAUGCCAUUUAAGUUAUAUGGAUUUAAUUUAACAUUACUUUUAAGCCUUCUAGCCACUUUUUCCAAAUGAGAGGGCAACCAUUAUUGGUGAAAUCUACUCAGUUAAUGUAAUUUUUACUCACCAACAUCUUUUCCCAUGUGAGAGCUGCUGCCGUUUCAUAUUUAUCUGGAGAAAUGGAUUGCUUACUAGAAAAAAGUCUGAACCCAAAGAUUUUCUCAUGACAAUUGAGGUGGAUGUACUCAAAGCAUCAGCCCAAAUUGAACAUGGUUGAACAAGUUCUAGGAAGCCCCUGAGAGUGAAUUAGCAACCUCCCCUUCUUUCUUGUAAAUCAUUGAAUGCCUACUCGUGUAGGGCACCAUCGCAGAGAGAGUGCACUGUGGUUCAGCAGGCCACGCUCUUCCAUGGGCUUUCUGGUCAAAGACCGCCUACUUGGAUGAAAGGGGAGAUAUAAGCAAGUUGCAGAGAAAACACAAGUAUUGAUCCAAAUACAUGUUCUACCUGUGCCAGCCAUUGUGCCUGGACUUAGGGAGACUGACAGACAGAAUCCUCAGGAAGAGAAAGUGAUUCAUCAUUUUAAGAGGGAGGCGGGAUUCUAGGACUAGUUCCAAGAGGCUGUGACAUUUGAACUUGAAAGAAUGCUACAGAGAGGAGGGGAAGGGGCAGAGGGAAGUGCAUGAGUGAAUGCAGGGAGGUGUGGAAGUGACCAGUUCAGGCUGACAGCUGGAUUCCAGGGUCCCUGUCGGAGUGACAGGGGGUACACAAGUUGGGUCAGAUCAUGAUGAAUGUUGAAGGACCUGCUGAAGAGUCUGGGCUUCAUCCUGAAAGCACUGGACAGCCUCCACUGGUUUUUAAGGGAGCAACAUGGUCAGUUCCCAGCUCACUCUUUUCUUUUUUAAGUUUUUUUUUUUAAGUUUAUUUGUUUAUUUUGAGAGAGACAGAGACAGUGUGAGUAGGGGAAGGACAGAAAAAUGGAGGGAGAGAGAAUCCCAAACAGGUCCCCGCUGCCAGUGCGGAGUCUGAUGCAGGGCUCGAACUCCCGAAACCGUGAGAUCAUGAACUGAGCUGAAACCAGGAGUCUGACACUUAACCCAAUGAGCCACCCAGGCACCUGGAUCCCAGCUCACUCUUGGAGUCCUAGCUAAAAAUGGAGGUGGGGAGAGUCACUGCAGGGAUAACCCAACAAAGAGAUGACAAGGACUCAAAUUAAAGUGGUAACAGAUGUGUUGGCGAGGAGGGAGAAGUUUCAAAUUCUUUGUUGGAGGUAGAAUUGCCAGGAUUUAGUUUCUACACUAGAUCCAGUCUGUGCUUUAUUUUAACGUAUGAUAAAAACACGUAUGAUUAUGUAGCUCAUGCAAGCUGCUCAAAGAGAAAGAUACAGAAGCAAUUACCUGAGGAACAGUGUUUUGAAAUUAUGUGUUGAAUAGGAACUGUGCUCUUUAAAUAGAAUAUUUGUGUUGAGGACAAAAGGGGACGGUUGCGUUAUCUCUUGACAAUACUCAUGUGAUUUACUGCGCCAAGGUAACACAGAGGUGUUGCACAGCUACUUUGCAGAGCCUCUGUUGAAUUUCAUGGUUAUUCCCAGGUUACAGAUUGACAGGCUUGGUUUUGUUUUGUUUUUUAAUAAACUAUACCAUUUAGAUGGCCAAAUGACCUUGAAUCACUUGAAUGUACAAAUCAGCGUAUAAGGAAUGCCACAUGGCCCACCGGAAUACUGGGGGGCGGUGGGGGGGGGGUGUUGGAGUGUCAGUUCAUUUAAGUUUUCUAAUGCAGCUUGUACUGCAUUGUACUUGAUCUUGCAUUGUACUUGUGCUUGUACUUGAUCUCUGUUGGCUGCUUUUGAUUGUAUUCCUAGCCAUACAUGGUUUGCUCCUGCCAUAGCAGACAAGAAUUAUCAAUUGUUUGACUUUCUUUGACUCUCUAGGGAGAGUAGUGUGCCUUCUGAGGCCAUGUAUACUUGUAUAAAUCCUUCUAGGAGGAAGUUUCUCCCAGUCAUAGGCAAGUUGAUGAUGACAUAGUUUUCUGUGUUUUUAUGCCAACUCGAACUCCAUCCCAUUAAGCUAGUUGAAUCAGAUUGUCCCAACGCCUCCCUCCCUGCCCUUAUAUGAUGAAACUUCUGGAAGUUGCAAUAACUUUUAUGGGCUGCCAGGGCAUGACAGUAACUAUUUCAGAGUGCCGUAGAGUGCUCUGGUAACAGUAAAUAAUGGCAUGUGAUAUGUCAUCACUUAAGAAAGUAAUGCAGACAUGCACCUAACUCGAUUAAAAAAACCUAUACUGGGGGCGCCUGGGUGGCUCAGUGAGUUAAGCAUCUGACUCUUGAUCUCAUCUCAGGUCAUGAUCUCAUGUUUCAUGAGAUGGAGCCCCGCAUUGGGCUCUGUGCUGACAGCAUAGAGCCUGCUUGGGAUUCUCUCUCUCUCUCUCUCUCUCUCUCUCUCUCUCUCUCUGCCCCUCCCCCACUCAUGCUUACACACACACUCCCUCUCUCUCUCUAUCAAAAUACAUAAAAAUUAAAAAAAAACCUAUACUGUCAUGUGUACUCUCAAUUUUCUGAAUAUUGCAAAAUAAUGAACUUAAAACUAAUUUAUAAUUAUAUAUUCACCACACAGUAUUUCAGGAAGACAGGUCAGCAUGUCAACAAAUUCCACAAAGUCUCCUUAAUAAUGAAGAUUAUUCAAAGUAGAAGAACCUACUUGAAUAUAGUCGAGAACAGAGAUAAUAAUUCAAGCCAAGAGGUUAUGCAGUAAUAAAACUCCAUUCAUAUAGUUACGUAUUUAAAUAUUUCCAUCCCCUUCCAAUUUGGGAGCUUAAAGUUACUGUAUCCCAGCAUGCAAUUGGGUGAGGAAAGUAACUGUUUCCCUCUUAUUUGGUUAAAGGAGGUUUUGCGGCGCAGGUGGAAUUUUUAAAAGGUCUUUGAAAGAAAAGAUGGGUCAGUAGGAUUGGGAAGAAAAGGAAAGUCAGGUGAAAGAGUGUGUAGUUCAAAGUGGAAGAAGCAAAGGAAAAGAGGACUUGAUGGCUGGCCAGAGCAGAUGGAAGGGGAUUCCAGAACUGCCUGUUGGAAUAAAAAAGCAGCUCACUAAAAACUCAUACGCACACUUGCCAGUUUCGCUUUCUAUUUAAAUAUUGAGCCCAUUUUCCCCAGCACUUGAAUUCCUGCUGAAUUUUCUGGUGGAUAUUGACUCCAAGAUCCUAAACUACAUGCACAUGAUGGAAUGAUUCUAUAAAUCAAAAUAGCGGUGCCCUUGUUUGGCUAAUGGGAGUCUGUAUUAGGAAGUCACAGUCUUUCCUACGAUAUCACCAGGUUUCCUUCCCACAGAGAUGUGGUUUUGAAAAAUUAAAGAUUUGGGGUACCUGGGUGGCUCAGUCAGUUAAGCGUCCAGCUCUUGAUUUCAGCUCAGGUCAUGAUCUCACGGUUCAUGGGAUCGAGCCCCACUUCAGGCUUUACUAACAGUGCAGAACCUGCUUGGGAUGCGUUCUCUCUCUCUCUCUUUCUCUCUCUCCCCCACCUCUCCCUCUCCCUCCAGUUCCCCACCCCUCAGAAUAAAUAAAUAAACUUUAAAAACUUUUUAAAAAUAAUUAAAAAUUAAAUCAUUAAGAACCCACUGUAUGAAAAACAAUGCAGUAGAAGCCUGGGUGAACUGUAAAGAAGUGUGAGGUAUUUACCCCAAGGAGGCAGGCAAGGUGGAAAUCCAUGAGAUAUUUAGUAAGAAUGAUGAUGGCAAUACAGGAGCUAUUACAAAUCGUUGUGGGAUUAAUUGUAAUGUGGAUGGAAAUUGUGCUAAAGGAUUAUUAACAUGUUUAAAAAUCUGUUCCCCAGUUUUAUAUUUUGGUUUUAUAUGGAUUCGGACGCCAUGUGGAAGCAUUUAAUAUCAGAGAGAUCCUUUAUGGUGUUUUUGCUUCUCAACUUCUAGGAAGCAAUCUGGUAUAUUAGAAAGAGCACAAGAUUCUGGGCCAGAAAAGCUGUAUUUGAGUCCUUUGCUCUGGCAUUUAUUGGGUGUGCGAUCUUAGACAAGUUAAUUUUCUCAGCUGUCAAGUGGGGAUAAAGGUAAUCACCUCUCAGUCCCUCCCAACCUGAUACUUUUUAAAGUGAUUAAUACAUGUUGGCUUAUUAAAUCAAUAUUUUUACCAUUUAUUUGUGAAUAUAUCUGACUCCUGGCAUUUACUAACUCAUGAAUAUGCAACACUGUGGCUUUUCUUAAUGGCUUUCCAUGGUCAUUGACAAAAAUUGUUUCCCAUGUAUCUGUCUUAUAAAGCAAUAAUUGGUCUUGAGAACAGCAUGUAUAAUAGAAACAUAAUGCAAGACACAGGCAAUUUUAAGUUUUUUAAUGGCCACAUUAAACCGAGCCUUAAAACAUCUGAAAUUAAUUUUGAUAAAUAUUUUGCCUAAAUCAAUAUAUCAAAAAUAUCAUUCCAAUAUGUAAUCAGCAUGAGAUUAUUAAUAAGUAUUUUACACGACCAGCACAUCUGAGUUUGGACAUCAAAUUGGUCAAAAUAUUUAUUUCGAUUUCAUAAAACUUAUGCUUAAAUACAGUCUCCCAUAUGCAAUUCUUACAAACAUACCUAAAUUUUUUUCAAUAACUGAAUCAAGCCUCACGUUUUACAUUUUAAUUUAAACAAAUUAAAAUUCAGUAACUCAUAUGCUCUGGCCACACUUCAAGUGCUUUAUUGCUCUAUGUGGCUUGUAUGAAACAGCACAGGUAAAACUGUCUUGAAUUGUUUUUCAGUAAGAUCUUGGUCUUUUAGGCAUUUCGUCAUUUCAUAAUAUUAAAAUAAAGACCUUCCAAACUUGUACUCAUUUUGGGAGUUGCCUUAUACUGACUGUGCUUAGCGCUGACGUCUGACACCCAGCUUCUCAUUCUGCCUGCUAGAUUUAUGAGAUCUCCUUUGAAUGAAACUCCGUAGAUUAGCCUCAAGGAUGUUUAGUUCUAAAAUGCUGCAGAAGAAUUGUUGGUUUUCCAUAGUAUAAGUCUGAAUUUAUCAUAUGAAUAUCUGGGUCUCGGGCUGCGUGACUUACCCAAGGUCUCGCGGCUAGUUGUGUGGCAGAAACAGCCCUUACACACGGUCUUAUGGAUCCAUGCUGCCAUAUGGAAUCUGUAUUUUGCUUCCUUUAGGUGCAGGUGUGUUCCUGAUGCACUGCCUUGGACACAAUGUCUUACCUGAAGGAGGACCCUUUGUUGGGCCAUGUUUUUGGGUUCUCAGAAAUAUUAAUAACCCCAAAUACAAGGAGAACGUGUUGCAGACUGAGUUGCCUAAAAGACUCCUUUGGCAGAGCAAGGUUAUGAAGACGAAAGCGGUGGGGGACGAGGAUUCCUUAGUAGUAAAAAGCUUCGUGCCUUCUCCCCACUCCUUUGCUGCACUUGUAAAGGCAAAAUUUAACUUGGCAGAAAAACAAUUAUAGCCUCCAGAAUAGUGGUACUCUUACUACAUACAUUGCUAUGUAUAAAUUUCUCUUCUAGAAAUUUUUCUUUGCCUCUAAAUAAAACCAGUAUAGAUGAUUCAUUGAAUGGAAAUGGACAUGGGAUAUUUAGCUGCAUGGGUCCCUAACAUUCAGUGUAGCCUGUUCUUAGACACUGUUAGUCUUUUGGGGUUUUUUUUUUUUAGCCGAAAGAUACUUUUUUUUAAUUUAAAUUCUAGUUAGUUAACCUACUGCAGUAUUGGUUUCAAGACUAAAAUUCAGUGAUUCAUCACUUACAUGUAACACCCAGUGCUCCUCCCAGCAAGUGCCCUCCUUAAUGCCCAUCACCCAUUUAGCCCAUCCCUCCCACACCGCCCUCCAUCCACCCUGUUGGUUCUCUAUCAUUAAGAGUCUCUUAUUGUUUGUUACCCUCUCUCUUUUCUCCCCCUUCCCAUGUGUUCAUCUGUUUUGUUAAAUUCCACACGUGAGUGAAAUCAUAUGGUAUUUGUCUUUCUCUGAUUGACUUAUUUUGCUUAGCACAAUGCACUCUAGCUCCAUCCAUGUCAUUGCAAAUGGCCUAAUUUCAUUUUUGUUGAUGGCUGUAUAUACAAUGGAAUAUUGUAUAUGGUGUGUGUAUAUAUAUAUAGAUAGAUAGAUAUAGAUACACACACACACACACACGCACGCACACACACCACGUCUUAUUUAUCUGUUCAUCAGUCAGUGGACACUUGGGCUCUUUCCAUAGUUUGGCUAUUGCUGAUAAUGCUGCUAUAAACUUUGGGGUGCAUGUACCCCUUCGAAUCUGUAUGUUUAUAUCUUUUCAGUAUAUACCUAGUGGUACAAUUGCUGGAUCAGAGGGUAGUUCUAUUUUUAACUUUUUGAGGAGCCAUCGGACACUGUUGAAUUCUAUACACUUUCUUACUGAGUGGCCAAAAAGGCUCUGAGCUUAUCUCCUGAGCUCCUGGCAUUAACCAUGUCACUAGAGUUUAUAUACUUUAUAGGAAAGGUUCAUGCCUUAAGUCAAAACUUCAAAUUCAGGAAUUUUGGUUCAAAGGAUGCUCUCUUCGGUGCAAGUAUUUACUCUCAUUCUGGCUAUGCUUGCCUGACCUUCAGUGAAUGAGUCUAUCAGAACUGAGUUCCCACAGUCAGGUUCAUUUUAUUAAGUAUUUAGAUGUUUGGGAUGAAAAUAUGAAAAUCCUUCAGAAGUUUUCGCCCUUUGUUGACACCAUGUCCCUUAGCACACAUGCCACUCCCCAUGUUUUUUUUUUUUGUGGGACACUAUUCAGAAAUGUCUUUAUGGACAAUUAAUGGACUCCAGGAGGUUUACUCUAAAGUGCAUGGCAUUGCCCUGCCUUUGUUGGCCUUGUCAUUAAUUGUGCGAGUGCUUUUAAGAAAUCUUCUAUCCAUCCGGUGAUCAUUUGUUACAUCUUGCCUUUUGAUUUAGUGCAUCCCAUUUGCUGAGGGUUUAAAAAUUAAAUAAGUCUACUUGAAUUGUGUGAAAAUAAAAGUCAGACCUGGAGCGAGAACUUGUGUUAGUCCAUGUAUAAACUACUUGGAGUUUGGAUUGAUAUCUAUUUGGGGCAGAGAAAAGGAACCUGUGAGGCUGUUUUAAGGUAAGUAACAAAAUAAAAACAGAAUAAGCAAACCCGAAGAUUUUUAGGCUUACUUCCUGAUGCUUCAUUAUGUUGGAAGUUGUAGGUUUGAGGUUAGCAGCUUGAUGGCUCUGUUCACACAGUAACUAUUUUAAACUUGCCCCUGCAUUCCUCUGUCUAGGGAGACAGUUACAAGAUCCUCAAUUAUCAUUUAUUAUUAUAUGUUCCCAGAGGCCAUCAGUAGCUUUCAAACCUGGCUGCGCGUCAGAAUCACUUAUGGAGCCUUUAAAAAAGACAGACUCUAGCCUCACCAGAACCUGAGAUUCUAUAGGUCUUUAUGAGGCCCUGGAAUCUGUACCUUUUAUAAAGCUCUCCAGCUUUGGGUAAUUUCUGGGCUUUUGUCAGGCCCAUCCUCCCGCCCCAAAUAAAUGAGUUAAAUUCAAGAAACAAGAUCAACACAACAGUUGUCCAAAAUAGUAUAACUUAAAGACUGUAGGCAGGGGAAAGAUCCAGUUAGGGAUUAUGAUUAUAGAACAGGGGAAUGUUUGUAAACUGAUUAAUGGAAGUCAUGGCAGAAACUUUUUGGAGAAAAAGCAUUUAGAGUAUUCAAGAACACGUAACAUGGAAGUCCUUUCACUUCCCAUUCACAUGGAAUCCCUUCUGAUUCUCCUCCCCAAGGCUGGGUUUAAGUCCACCGGUAAUUUAUAAGAGAACGGGUGAUACCUGGAGGCUUAAAGAGAGCCUCGACGUAGGUUCAGACAAUCUGUGCCCAACAAGCGUCGCACGCCUAUUGGUGGAUCACUGCCUUUUAACAGUGGCUUGGUUGCAGAGGCGGCCUGUGCCAAGACAAGCCAGUAUUUUCCUAGAGGUCUUCCUGGUAAACAUUUUCAGGUCCGUUUGUUUGCCACAUAUGUCUUGAGGCAACGACAUGCUUGGCAAAAGCUACCCACAACCUGAAGCCUCUUUGAUAGACACUGCUUCCAAGCACAAUGACACAUUGUCUUCUAGGGGUUCUCCGAUGUUAUUAUGGUUCCUACAGGGAAGAGGCAAGGCUGAAGGUGAGGUUUGCUUAUGUUGUACUUAAUUCCUAUGUUUUACUUGAUUCCUACCUUAAGACAGCCUCAGAGGUUCUUUGUCUCUGAAAGAUUUAUUAAUGCAGAUGAAUGGAUAUGUUCUGUACUAUGUUAUAUCGCGGAAAAGUAGUGAAAAGAUAUCAUCCUUGUGACACUGGCAUCUAUUGUUAACUGUAUUUCAUGCCGUAUUUCAUGAUCAUACUUUAGUACUUGUAUUUACUAAAUGUCCAGAAAUUUCCAGAACUAAUAGAUACGUUGUUAUGCAUAUAAAGUGUAACUACUUUAUUAGUGAAAUGUUUCAUUAACUGUAUCACAAACUAGUUCUAAAGCCUCAGUGAGAAAUAUUGGAUUUAUAAGACCAAUGAUUAAAAAAAAAAAAAAAAACAAGAAUCCUCAUCAACUUAAGUUUCUUAUCACUUUAGGGUUUUGAAUGAUAUAGGUAGUGUUAAAUAUGAUUUUAAAUGCUGGCUUUUUUCUUCAAACUGGAAAAAAUUUCUUGGUUGGUGUCUAAAGGAUAUUUAUUGCUUCCUCCUAUAAACAAGUAGUAUGGGUUGACAUUGACCUUAAGGAAGGUGAAUAGACUGGUAAGCUACAUUGAAUGAGAAUGGUUAUAUGAUCUAACCUUCAUGCUAAUAAAGUAGCUAUCAGUCAGCCAGUAGCCCAAGAACAAUCUUUCCUGAAGCAGUGAGGUUAACUAAAGACACCCAGGAGCUUCCCUGCCACUUCUAAGCUUGUAAAGGUAGAUGUAUUGGGUUUGGACUUCCAUUCGCUCUUAAAAAUAUUUGCGGUCGUGCCACCAGGCCACCCAGAAACAGAAAGGAAAUUUUUAUGAACAUUAGAUGAACUGUUAAAGUAAUAAUUUAAUUUAGAUUUGAGGGUUAUUAUGGAACUAUCAAUUAAACAUGCCCGUAAUCCAGUUUAUUUAUUAAAUUUAGAUUAUAUUAAUGUAGUUUAAAAUGCAUGACAUUUAUUUAGCAUCAUCAGAGAACAAAUGAGCUCUGAGCAAACUUCUCCCAGUCGUGAAGUUUAACCCUUGAAGUGUCAAAACAUUUUAGCUCAAUCAUUUUGAAUAGGAUUCCUUCCAUUAAUUACCUUGUUUUCUAUAUUAUAUCUGUGACUAUGGGGCGCUAUCAUAAUUUAGAUCAUCAGCACAUGUAUGAAUUACUAAAGACUCUAUAAUAUAUGGUUACCUUUGGAGCUCUUAAAAUGUUAAGGGUCAACUCUUGAUACUAAAUUAUCUGUAGGUUCUUACCCUUCAUAAGUUUUAUGUCUGCUUUUUGUUGGUUCUGCUUUUUCUAUCAGCCAUCAGCUGACAACUGUCACUUACUCAGCUGUCAGCAUGCCUGACUCUAAGAGCCUUCACCCAUCUAUGAUUUGUUGCUUUUAAUCUAACAGAAAUCUAACGUAAAUUGAAAUUAGGGUGUUAGAAUAGUGUCCACCAUAGGAGACAUAAGUUCUGUGUGGAGAUGGAUGGGGUGAGGUGGAAACUCAGUAUCAAAGACUCUGAGCUUUAAUAGAAGGACUUCGUGCCAUCUGUUUUGACUAUAAAGACACCUUCGAUUAUUCAUUAAUUCAACUUUUACUAGGUCCUAGGGACCCAAAGAUGAGAACAAUGUGGUUCAUGCCCUUUGGAUGCUCCCCCAAACCAGCAAGUGCCUGGCUACCACAGAAGGAUGAAUAGACUGUGGAGGGCAUUGAAUAAGACUGUAAUCUCUGGAAUUCAGCUGGGUCUUGAAUAGGUGAAAUUUCUGGGUAAAAAAAAAAAGUGGAUUAUCUGAGGGUUGUUCUUCAAUGUAUACAAAAGCAAAUACACUAAGGCAACCACUGCUUAGAAGUUUCAAUUCGUGUUAAGGAAAGUACUGGAAUAAAAAUUAAUAAACCCAGUGACCCUGGGAGUCCGACAAAGCUGCCUCUGAAUGACCUUGCACGUUCUUAUUUUUAUUCCUUUCCAUGGACAUUGAACCAGAGGUGUGAAUGCCGACCUUAUAAAGUUGCUGUGAGGGCCAAAUGAAAUGUUAUGUGAAAAGUGCCCAGUGGAGUACCUGAAUCCAGUUCAGUACCCCAUUAAUGUUCUCUUUCCUGCCUUUUUGGUUUUUUUCGUUUUUUGUUUGUCUGGUUUUUUUCACUUCCCUUAAAUGUUGUUUGGUAAAGGGUAUCUGUAAAGAGUGAAAAAUAAAAUGACAAAUACUGCUUUUCAUAUUUCUAUCAGGCUGUUUUGAGUCAUGUUCUUUUAAUUGAAUGACAGUCACAUCAUUUGAAAGGCUGGUCUAAUAAUAGCACCAGAGAUUCUAAGCUGACAAAGUGCAAAUUUUCAGUCAAGUCUUGAUUCCAAUUUAGAUGUGGAAAGAAGAGAGUUGAAAAAGAAUCCUUGUUACUCAAAACACAGAUACCUCCAUAGGCACACUCUCAUAUUAUAAUUGUUUGGAGCCCUUUUUAGUAAAAAAUAAACCGAAUGCCACACGUGCACAUUAGUCCACUCCUUAAAAAAGGUUAUAAACCCUGAAUAUGUAAGACUCAGUGGUACCGUGGGGCAUCUUUGCUCACAUUUUGCUUGCCUGAAUCACUUGAAGUGUUCCUUUGGGUAAUCUGGACUUUUUUUCCCCCUUCCUGUGAAAUGCUUCAGUUCAUCAAUCAAUUCCCCAUACCGUGCUGUUUUGUAAUUCCAAUCUAUAUUGCUAAAGAAAACCUUCAGUGACCCUGAGUAAAUCAAGAAUAGAAAACGACUUGGGUUUCGUGCUCUUUGCGGCUAUGUUAGUGAAGAAAUAGAUUUUCACUGACCCUCAUUAAAGUCUUCUGUCGGAAAUAAUGCCCAUUGAAAGAUCAAUUAGUUACACUUUUAUUUUGUUUUCCAGUAACUACAUUUUCCUUCUCGGUCUCUUCACUGGUCUCAAUCUGUUUUCUUUUGGAGGUGAAAUACCUAAUGUUCACCAAUAUUGGCUUCUUCUUGGUCUUAUAAAUUAAGUUUUUAACAAGCUGAUUUAAGCUGUGCUUUCAAAUAAUAUGACUAUAGAUUUCAACCCAAUCACUUUUCUUUACUAGUUGCAUCAACAGAUGUUCAGCGUUUCAUUUUUCCUUAAGGGUGUAUGGUUUCUCACUGACUCUUGGCUUCAAAUAGGGAUUCUCUGCUAUUGGUUUUGUCUGUAAGAAUUUAAGCUGUUUAAAGCUGUUUGUACUUGUGGCCAAGAGCUCCUAGUUCCCAAAGCAACAGUUUAUCGCCCACCCCGUGUUAUCUUUGCUCUUACGUUUCUUCAGUCACAGGAACACAACAGCACCGGUGGGUUAGAUCUGUGGGUAACGCAUGUGUUCGGUAGGCAUGGACUGUUUAUGACGAGCCAUGUGGGUCGGGCUCAUGUUCCUGGAGUGCCCUGAGCGGCUUUACUAAUCUGUCAGCAUAGUAUGUUCUCGUGGAUAAAUAUAGACAUACGCGCACUCUGUGAGUUGUAGGUCACUGUCGUACUGUGCAGCUAAAAAUUGUCCCAUUGGUAUGAAGAGUCUGCCCUGGACGGAAGGCCUGUUUUAGUUUGUCUUCUACUGUAGGUCUUUAGCACCUGACUAAAAAUACACCUUGGGCCAAAAAUAAGAGAGCCCUACCUUGCCGCUGAGACACUUAUGGUGCCAGUGAGCAACCGGACCAUGGAGUCCGUCAUUAUGUUUUUUUGCUUUGGAACAUAGUCUGUGUAGCAGUUCCAGACUGUUCGUUUGGGUUCCUUUUCAGGCUCAUGGAGAUUACAACAGCUUGUUGGAGACGAUCCUGUGUGAUCAGCUUCAUAAAAGGGCUUGCUUCUCCAGUUGGCAACGGUUAUAUCAAGCCUCCGGUUCCACCUGUUUCUGGCACACAGAGAGAGAAAGGGCCGCCAACCAUGUUACCCAUCAACGUGGACCCAGACAGCAAACCAGGAGAAUAUGUCCUCAAGAGUUUAUUCGUCAACUUUACCACUCAGGCUGAGCGCAAGAUUCGCAUCAUCAUGGCAGAGCCUCUGGAAAAGCCAUUGACAAAAUCUCUACAACGUGGAGAAGAUACCCAGUUUGACCAAGUCAUCAGCUCAAUGAGCUCCCUUUCUGAGUACUGCCUGCCUUCCAUUCUGCGUACAUUGUUUGACUGGUAUAAAAGGCAAAAUGGCAUUGAGGAUGAAUCACAUGAAUACAGACCAAGAACAAGCAAUAAAUCAAAAAGUGAUGAACAACAGCGUGAUUAUUUAAUGGAAAGACGUGACCUCGCCAUUGAUUUCAUUUUUUCUUUAGUAUUAAUAGAAGUUUUGAAACAGAUUCCACUCCAUCCUGUAAUAGACAGUCUAAUACAUGAUGUUAUUAACUUGGCUUUCAAGCACUUUAAGUACAAAGAAGGGUACCUUGGUCCUAACACUGGAAAUAUGCACAUCGUGGCAGACCUGUACGCAGAAGUCAUUGGAGUGUUGGCACAAGCUAAAUUCCCUGCUGUAAAGAAGAAAUUUAUGGCAGAGCUAAAAGAAUUACGGCACAAAGAGCAGAGCCCAUAUGUCGUUCAGAGUAUUAUCAGCUUGAUAAUGGGGAUGAAAUUCUUUCGAAUUAAGAUGUAUCCAGUGGAGGACUUUGAGGCCUCUCUUCAGUUUAUGCAGGAAUGUGCACAUUAUUUCCUCGAGGUCAAAGACAAAGAUAUCAAACAUGCCUUGGCUGGGCUUUUUGUUGAAAUUCUUGUCCCAGUUGCUGCCGCUGUUAAAAAUGAAGUCAAUGUUCCCUGUCUUAGAAACUUUGUUGAAAGCCUAUAUGAUACCACGCUGGAACUUUCUUCUCGAAAGAAGCAUUCGUUGGCCCUGUACCCCCUGGUGACCUGUCUUCUCUGUGUCAGUCAGAAGCAGCUGUUCCUGAACAGGUGGCACAUUUUCCUCAACAACUGCUUAUCCAACCUUAAAAAUAAAGACCCCAAGAUGGCUCGGGUUGCACUGGAAUCUCUAUACAGAUUACUCUGGGUUUACAUGAUUCGAAUUAAAUGUGAAAGCAACACAGCUACUCAGAGCCGUCUUAUAACCAUCAUCACAACACUUUUCCCCAAAGGGUCCCGUGGUGUGGUGCCAAGGGAUAUGCCUCUGAACAUCUUUGUGAAAAUCAUCCAGUUCAUUGCGCAGGAACGCUUAGAUUUUGCAAUGAAAGAAAUUAUUUUUGAUUUUCUCUGUGUGGGAAAACCAGCAAAAGCUUUCAGCCUCAACCCAGAGAGAAUGAACAUUGGUUUACGGGCAUUCUUAGUAAUAGCCGACAGCUUGCAGCAGAAAGACGGUGAACCCCCCAUGCCGGUGACAGGAGCUGUUCUCCCUUCAGGAAACACAUUGAGAGUGAAGAAAACAUAUUUGAGUAAAACGCUAACUGAAGAAGAAGCCAAAAUGAUAGGAAUGUCCUUGUAUUACUCCCAAGUACGAAAAGCUGUGGACAACAUUUUAAGGCACCUCGAUAAAGAAGUGGGAAGGUGUAUGAUGCUAACGAAUGUUCAGAUGCUAAACAAAGAACCUGAAGACAUGAUCACGGGUGAGAGAAAGCCAAAAAUAGAUCUUUUCAGGACCUGUGUUGCUGCUAUCCCUCGACUCCUUCCUGAUGGCAUGUCAAAACUUGAACUUAUUGACUUGCUGGCUAGGCUGUCUAUUCAUAUGGACGAUGAACUGCGACACAUUGCACAAAACUCUCUUCAGGGUUUACUUGUUGACUUCUCAGACUGGAGAGAAGAUGUACUGUUUGGCUUUACCAACUUCCUACUCCGGGAAGUAAAUGACAUGCACCACACGCUCCUUGAUUCGUCCCUGAAGUUACUGCUCCAGCUGCUCACGCAGUGGAAACUGGUCACACAAACUCAAGGAAAAGUCUACGAACAAGCCGGCAAGAUCAGAAAUUCAGAGCUAAUUCCAAAUGGCUCCAGCCACAGAAUUCAGUCGGAGCGAGGUCCCCACUGCAGUGUUCUUCACGCCGUGGAAGGCUUUGCUCUGGUUUUACUCUGCAGUUUCCAGGUGGCCACACGCAAACUGUCCGUUUUAAUACUCAAGGAAAUUCGAGCUUUAUUUGCUGCCCUGGGUCAACCAGAGGACGAUGACAGGCCUAUGAUUGAUGUCAUGGAUCAGCUAAGUUCUUCCAUUCUCGAAAGUUUCAUUCAUGUAGCAGUUUCAGAUUCGGCCACAUUACCGCUGACCCACAGUGUGGAUCUGCAGUGGUUGGUGGAGUGGAAUGCAGUCCUGGUCAAUAGCCAUUACGAUGUGAAGAGCCCUUCCCAUGUCUGGAUAUUCGCUCAGUCUGUCAAAGACCCCUGGGUCCUCUGCCUCUUCAGUUUCCUCCGGCAGGAGAACUUGCCCAAACACUGCCCCACAGCCCUCAGCUACGCCUGGCCGUACGCCUUCACUCGGCUCCAGUCGGUCAUGCCUCUGGUUGACCCAAAUAGCCCAAUUAAUGCCAAGAAAACCAGCACCGCCGGCAGUGGAGAUAAUUAUGUUACCUUGUGGAGAAACUACCUUAUUCUUUGUUUUGGAGUUGCAAAACCCAGUAUUAUGAGCCCGGGACACUUAAGAGCUUCCACUCCAGAAAUAAUGGCGACCACACCUGAUGGUACAGUGAGCUACGAUAACAAGGCCAUAGGCACCCCAUCGGUGGGAGUUCUGUUAAAGCAGUUGGUGCCUUUGAUGAGACUAGAGGGCAUUGAGAUCACAGAGUCCUUAGUUUUAGGAUUUGGAAGAACAAAUUCCCUUGUUUUCAGAGAGUUGGUGGAAGAACUCCAUCCAUUAAUGAAAGAAGCCCUGGAACGAAGACCAGAGAACAAAAAACGCCGAGAACGGCGGGAUUUGUUAAGGCUACAACUACUUCGAAUUUUCGAGCUUCUGGCUGAUGCUGGUGUCAUAAGUGACAGCACAAAUGGAGCGUUGGAACGGGAUACGUUAGCCCUUGGAGCUUUGUUCUUAGAAUAUGUGGACCUGACCCGCAUGCUUCUAGAAGCUGAAAAUGAUAAAGAAGUUGAAAUUCUUAAAGAUAUCCGGGCACAUUUUAGUGCGAUGGUCGCCAACUUGAUUCAGUGUGUUCCAGUUCACCACCGCAGAUUUCUGUUCCCCCAGCAAAGCCUGAGGCAUCAUCUUUUCAUCUUGUUUAGCCAGUGGGCAGGACCCUUCAGCAUUAUGUUCACCCCUCUCGACCGCUACAGUGAUAGAAAUCAUCAAAUUACACGAUACCAGUAUUGCGCAUUAAAGGCAAUGUCAGCAGUGUUGUGUUGCGGCCCUGUGUUUGACAAUGUGGGCCUUUCCCCCGAUGGCUACCUAUAUAAGUGGCUUGACAACAUUCUGGCUUGUCAAGAUUUACGAGUUCAUCAGCUUGGCUGUGAAGUUGUCGUCUUGCUAUUGGAACUUAAUCCUGACCAAAUCAAUCUUUUUAAUUGGGCGAUUGACCGAUGCUACACAGGUUCCUACCAGCUUGCAUCCGGCUGCUUCAAAGCCAUCGCAACUGUGUGUGGAAGCAGGAACUAUCCCUUCGACAUAGUGACAUUGUUAAACCUUGUUCUAUUCAAGGCCUCUGACACCAACAGAGAGAUUUAUGAAAUCUCCAUGCAGCUCAUGCAGAUCCUUGAAGCAAAGCUCUUUGUAUACUCAAAGAAGGUCGCUGAACAGAGACCCGGAAGUAUUCUCUAUGGAACGCACGGCCCAUUGCCACCCCUCUACAGUGUGUCACUAGCCCUCUUGUCAUGUGAACUGGCCAGGAUGUACCCCGAGCUCACCCUCCCACUCUUCUCAGAGGUAAGCCAGCGAUUUCCCACGACACACCCAAACGGGCGUCAGAUCAUGCUCACCUACCUGCUGCCCUGGCUGCACAACAUCGAGCUGGUGGACAGCAGGCUCCUCCUCCCGGGAUCAAGCCCCAGCAGCCCAGACGAUGACGUCAAGGACCGGGAAGGAGAAGUGCCCACUUCACACGGGCUGAGAGGGAGUGGCUGGGGCUCCCCGGAAGCUACGUCACUGGUCCUGAAUAACCUCAUGUACAUGACGGCCAAGUAUGGAGACGAAGUUCCUGGACCAGAAAUGGAAAAUGCUUGGAAUGCUUUAGCCAACAACGAGAAAUGGACCAACAACCUGAGGAUCACCCUGCAGUUCCUGAUCAGCCUGUGUGGCGUGAGCAGUGACACGCUUCUCUUGCCCUACAUCAAAAAGGUGGCCAUAUACUUGUGCCGUAACAACACCAUUCAAACCAUGGAAGAGCUUCUCUUUGAGCUGCAACAGACGGAGCCCGUGAAUCCCAUCGUCCAGCACUGUGACAACCCGCCGUUCUACCGCUUUGCGGCCAGCAGCAAGGCCUCUGCGGCAGCCUCUGGAACCACCUCCAGCAGCAACACAGUGGUGGCCGGCCAGGACAGUUUCCCAGAUGCUGAGGAGAGCAAGAUAUUGAAAGAAUCGGAUGAGAGGUUUAGUAACGUCAUCAGAGCCCACACCCGCCUAGAGUCAAGAUACAGCAAUAGCUCUGGAGGAUCAUAUGAUGAAGAUAAAAAUGACCCGAUUUCUCCGUAUACGGGCUGGCUGUUGACUAUUACAGAGACCAAACAGCCACAGCCCUUACCCAUGCCUUGUACUGGAGGAUGCUGGGCCCCCCUGGUUGACUACCUCCCAGAGACUAUCACUCCCCGGGGACCCCUCCACAGGUGCAAUAUUGCUGUAAUUUUUAUGACUGAGAUGGUGGUGGAUCACAGUGUGAGAGAAGAUUGGGCUCUUCAUCUACCAUUAUUACUCCAUGCUGUCUUCUUAGGUUUGGACCAUUACCGGCCUGAAGUCUUUGAACACAGCAAAAAAUUGCUUCUUCACCUCUUGAUUGCCCUCUCUUGCAACAGCAAUUUUCAUGCCAUUGCUUCUGUGCUCCUGCAGACUCGAGAGAUGGGUGAAGCUAAGACUCUAACAGUUCAGCCGGCUUAUCAACCCGAGUAUCUCUACACAGGUGGCUUUGACUUCCUGAGAGAGGACCAGUCAUCCCCAGUGCCAGACUCGGGGCUAAGCUCCAGUUCCACGUCCUCCAGCAUCAGCCUGGGGGGCAGCAGUGGGAACCUCCCGCAGAUGACCCAGGAGGUGGAAGACGUGGACACAACCGCUGAAGCGGAUGAGAAGGCGAACAAGCUCAUUGAGUUUCUGACGACCAGGGCAUUUGGUCCACUUUGGUGCCAUGAAGACAUCACACCCAAAAAUCAAAAUUCAAAGAGUGCUGAACAGCUUACUAAUUUUCUACGUCAUGUUGUAUCCGUAUUUAAAGACUCCAAAUCAGGUUUCCAUCUGGAGCAGCACUUGAGUGAAGUUGCAUUGCAGACAGCCCUCGCAAGCUCUUCGAGGCACUAUGCCGGUCGGUCCUUCCAGAUAUUCCGGGCGCUCAAGCAACCUCUGUCAGCACAUGCCUUGUCUGACCUUCUCUCCAGGCUGGUGGAGGUGAUUGGAGAACAUGGAGAUGAGAUUCAGGGUUAUGUAAUGGAAGCACUCCUUACAUUGGAAGCUGCUGUGGAUAACUUGUCUGACUGCUUGAGGAACAGCGAUCUCUUAACGGUAUUAUCUCGCUCUUCAUCACCAGAUUUAAGCUCUAGCACUAAACUAACAGCAAGCAGAAAGAGCACAGGACAACUAAAUGUGAACCCUGGGACAGCCAGUGGCAAUACAGCAACCGCAGAACGGAGCCGGCAUCAAAGAAGCUUUUCUGUGCCCAAGAAGUUUGGUGUUGUCGACCGAUCCUCAGACCCACCCAGGAGUGCCACACUGGACAGAAUCCAGGCUUGUACCCAACAAGGCCUCUCCUCAAAAACCAGAAGCUCAUCCUCCUUGAAGGACAGCCUCUCAGACCCAUCACACAUAAACCAUCCAACAAACCUAUUGGCCACCAUCUUUUGGGUCACAGUGGCUUUGAUGGAAUCUGAUUUUGAGUUUGAAUACCUAAUGGCAUUAAGGCUGUUGAAUAGACUACUGGCUCACAUGCCACUUGAUAAAGCUGAGAACCGAGAAAAACUUGAGAAACUCCAAGGGCAGCUCAAGUGGUCAGACUUCUCAGGGUUGCAGCAGCUACUGCUGAAGGGAUUCACCUCCCUCACCACCACUGACCUUACCCUGCAGCUUUUCAGUUUGCUGACACCAGUAUCCAAAGUAUCCAUGGUGGAUUCAUCCCAAGCCAUUGGGUUUCCACUGAACGUGUUGUGUCUCCUGCCCCAGCUGAUUCAGCAUUUUGAAAAUCCCAAUCAGUUCUGCAAGGAUAUAGCCGAAAGGAUUGCGCAGGUGUGUUUGGAAGAGAAGAACCCCAAACUUUCCAAUCUUGCGCAUGUCAUGACCCUUUAUAAGACACACAGCUACACGAGGGACUGUGCCACAUGGGUCAACGUGGUCUGCCGAUACCUUCAUGAAGCAUAUGCUGACGUCACCUUGAAUAUGGUGACCUACCUGGCAGAGCUGCUGGAGAAGGGUCUCCCAAGCAUGCAGCAGCCCCUCCUCCAGGUGAUCUACAGUCUUCUCAGCUACAUGGAUCUGUCAGUCGUGCCUGUAAAGCAGUUUAAUGUGGAAGUUCUGAAGACCAUUGAAAAAUAUGUCCAAAGUGUUCACUGGAGAGAAGCUUUGAAUAUCCUGAAGCUGGUGGUUUCUCGAUCUGCCAGUCUAGUUUUGCCUUCCUACCAGCACAGUGACCUCUCAAAGAUAGAAAUACAUCGAGUGUGGACCAGUGCUUCUAAGGAAUUACCUGGAAAAACCCUAGACUUUCACUUUGAUAUUUCAGAGACACCAAUCAUCGGGAGGCGAUACGAUGAGCUGCAGAACGCUUCUGGGCGCGAUGGGAAGCCCAGGGCGAUGGCCGUCACCAGGAGCACAUCCUCUACCUCAUCAGGCUCCAACUCCAAUGUCCUUGUUCCUGUUAGCUGGAAAAGGCCCCAGUAUUCUCAGAAGAGGACAAAAGAGAAGUUGGUGCACGUCCUUUCUCUGUGUGGCCAAGAAGUAGGAUUAAGCAAAAAUCCAUCAGUGAUUUUUUCAUCGUGUGGGGACCUGGACCUUCUGGAGCACCAGACGAGCUUGGUGUCUUCCGAGGACGGCGCCCGGGAGCAGGAGAACAUGGAUGACACAAACAGCGAGCAGCAGUUCAGGGUCUUUAGGGACUUCGAUUUCCUGGAUGUGGAGCUGGAGGAUGGAGAGGGUGAGAGUAUGGACAGUUUCAACUGGGGAGUGCGCAGGCGUUCUCUGGAUAGCUUGGACAAGUGUGACAGGCAGCUUCUGGAGGAGAACCCACUUGCAGGAAGGUCUCCCAGCCUCAACAAAAUGAACCGUGAGGAUUCUGACGAGUCCUCCGAAGAGGAGGACCUCACAACCAGCCAGAUCCUGGAGCAUUCAGACCUAAUCAUGACUCGUUCCCCUUCCGAGGAGACGAAUCCCCUGGAAUCGCUCGCCGCGGCCUGUGACAUGACCCCUGCCGACCCUCAUUCCUUUAGCACCAGAAUGGCUAGCUUUGACGCGGCUCUGUCUGACAUGAAUAAUCUGCAGAUCUCUGAGGGCUCCAAGGCUGAAGCUGUCCAGGAGGAGGAGGACACCGCCGUGCAUGAGGACGAUCUUUCCAGUUCUGUUAAUGAACUCCCAGCAACUUUCGAAUGCAGUGGUAGCUUUAGCCUGGAUAUGACUGAGGCAGAAGAAAAGGGCAAUCGAGCACUGGACCAGUUUACUCUUGCAAGCUUUGGAGAAGGUGACAGGGGGGUCUCUCCCCCUCCCUCGCCCUUCUUCUCGGCCAUCCUUGCUGCGUUUCAGCCCGCGGCCUGUGACGAUGCAGAGGAAGCCUGGCGCAGCCACAUCAACCAGCUCAUGUGCGACUCAGAUGGCUCCUGUGCUGUGUAUACAUUUCAUGUGUUCUCCUCCUUGUUUAAGAAUAUUCAGAAAAGGUUCUGCUUCCUAACCUGUGAUGCCGCCAGUUACCUUGGAGACAAUCUGCGGGGAAUCGGGUCCAAGUUUGUCAGCUCUUCUCAGAUGCUCACCUCCUGCUCUGAAUGCCCUACACUCUUUGUGGACGCUGAGACUCUCCUUUCUUGUGGACUUCUGGACAAGCUCAAGUUCAGUGUUUUAGAACUGCAAGAAUAUUUGGACACCUACAACAACAGAAAAGAGGCCACUCUCUCGUGGCUCGCAAAUUGUAAGGCAACAUUUGCAGGAGGAUCAAGAGAUGGAGUAAUUACCUGUCAACCAGGGGACUCGGAAGAAAAGCAAAUGGAAUCUCUUGCACAAUUGGAACUGUGUCAGAGAUUAUAUAAGCUGCACUUCCAGCUGCUGCUGCUCUUUCAGUCCUACUGUAAGCUCAUCGGCCAGGUGCACGAAGUCAGCUCCAUGCCAGAGCUGUUAAAUAUGUCCAGGGAACUGAGUGACUUAAAGAAAAACCUGAAGGAGGCCACUGCGGCCAUCGCAGCUGACCCUCUCUAUAUAGAGGGUGCAUGGUCUGAGCCAACCUUCACAUCCACCGAAGCGGCCAUCCAGUCCAUGCUGGAGUGCCUGAAGAACAAUGAACUUGGCAAGGCUUUACGGCAAAUCAGGGAAUGCAGAAGUCUGUGGCCCAAUGACAUCUUUGGAAGCAGUUCUGACGAUGAGGUCCAGACACUACUGAAUAUUUAUUUCCGUCAUCAAACUCUGGGACAAACGGGUACUUACGCGUUGGUAGGGUCUAAUCAGAGCCUGACCGAAAUCUGCACCAAGCUGAUGGAGCUGAACAUGGAGAUCCGGGACAUGAUUCGCAGGGCCCAGAGUUACCGAGUCCUCACUACUUUUCUUCCAGACUCCAGUGUUUCUGGCACUAGUCUCUGACAGGAGCCUCCCAUCCCCCAUGCGUUCCAAGCUGGGGGUGCUGUCAUGCUGGGGUGACGUCAUUCAGUGUCUUUUCAGCCUUCAGAAGGCUUGGUCAGACUGUUCUCCCUCUUGUUACCUGUAGGACUUUUUCUAAACAGGAUGACAGAACUUCCAACGUGUAGCAAUACAAUAAGAACCAAGGUAGCAUAGAACAUUCUGGGACAGACUCCAUCCAUCAUGCUGUGUGGCACAAAGGUGUUAUCAUUUCACUGAGCAGAUGCAACUCACUACUGAAGAAAGUGACUUCCAUUGCAUACCAAAGCCGACUACACUGAAUAAUACCUUCCUUUCUAGAAGCAGUUUUAGAUUGGCAAAAGUGCAAUGUUUUCUUCACUAAAAAAUGUUUUAUAUUCUAAAACUUGUACAUUCUUUUUUCUUUUUUUUCCUUUUUUUCUUUUUUUGGUGGGCUGAGGAAGGGACAGGCAGAAUGAAGCUGGCCACUGAAAAUUGUAAGACGGUCAAAAGCUGACAGCCUGUGUAUGUGAAAAGGGAAUUGUAAAUGGACAAUUUAAUAUACACUGUAAUUUGAAUACAAUUACUGUAUCUAAAAGGAGCUGCUAUGAAGUACCUUUCUUAUGUUGCUAGGCUACUGUUUCUGAAAGCCCUGGAUCUCUUUGCAGGAGUCUGUGAUUAGGACCCUAGCACCAAAUAUGGUCCAGACAGACCUUUUUGUAAAGGUCUUGGCUGCUUUUUACUAGAAGGUUGCUUAUAUGAGCAUAUUUAUACUACAAAAGGAUGAGUGUUAAUUUUAACCAACUUUGCCAUUUUGUAGAAAAAAGUUAAAUUCACAUUACAAAUUCCAAGUCUUUUCACCGGUCACGCAUGCAUAUUUUAAUAUCCAUUUGGAUAGCCAGAAGUAGAAUCAUAAAGAUAAACUAUGAGUUGUCACUUUGUUACUUAAGAGAUGUCAUGUUUUAUUUGUAACAUAUAUGUAAAGGGCCAUUCUUCAGUUUUCUCCUUAAACUUAAUGCUGUCAAGUGUUAGAUGUGUGCAUGUAAACCAGCUGCACAUCAGAAACAUAUUCAAAGUUUAUCUAUGUAACUUAUUCACUCUGUAAAUACAUUUAAAGUUUUUGUGAUGUAAUCUUGGUUGAUCUUCUAUUCAGAACUUCCUUUAGACUUAAAAAAAAAAAAAUACAAAAUACAUAUUGACCAUGGA